AUGAACAUCGUAGAAUGGGCCUUCGGAAAGCGCAUGACGCCGGCGGAGCGACUGCGGAAACACCAGCGCGCACUCGAGAAGACGCAGCGAGAGCUAGACCGCGAGCGCGUGAAGCUCGAGAACCAGGAGAAGAAGCUGGUGGCAGAUAUUAAGAAGAGCGCGAAGAAUGGGCAAAUGGGACCUCUGCGCAUUCAGGCAAAGGAUCUGGUGCGGACACGACGAUACAUCCAGAAGUUCUACCAGAUGCGCACACAACUACAAGCGAUCUCAUUGCGGAUACAGACAGUACGCAGUAAUGAGCAGAUGAUGCAGUCUAUGAAGGGUGCAACGACACUGCUUGGGAGCAUGAACAGGCAGAUGAACCUUCCCGCGCUUCAACGCAUUGCUAUGGAGUUUGAAAAGGAGAACGAUAUCAUGGACCAGAGGCAGGAGAUGAUGGACGACGCCAUCGAUGAUGCCACCGGUAUGGAAGACGAGGAGGAGAGUGAAGACGUCGUCAACCAGGUCCUGGAUGAAAUAGGCAUCGAUCUUGGCCAGGCUCUUGGCGAGACGCCCAGCGGACUGCAGAAGAACGCAGUACCUGAAGCUAGGGUGGCGCAGGCUGUCGGCGGCGGCGGAGCUGACCCGGAUGAUGACGACCUUCAGGCACGCUUGGACAGCUUGAGGAGGUGA